AAUUGUCGCCAACGACAAACCCAACCGCAGUAGUUCAUUUGUAUUACACCUUCAACCACCACGUCCGUUUCGUCCGUUUUGUCGUAUCAUUAAUCAUAAAAAUUAAUUAAUUUGAAUAAUCUUAUAAAACAUCGAACGAUAAUAUUUGCAAAUAGGAUUUUUGUUUUUUUAUGAUUUAUUUUAAUUUUUGUUCUUAUAACACAGUAGUUCUAAAUUCCGUCCGUGCAAUAAACUCAAUCAUUGAAACCGAAUCGUAUUAUGGCCUGAACACCGUUGCAGCGAGCGGAGACGACGAUCCUGGUGCGCCGGCCUCGCCAUGAGCGUCGUGAAGAUAUUGGCGAUCGUCGUGGUCACGUCCGUCGUGGCUAUCCUGUGCAUUCGGUCCGGUCAAGCUAUGGCCAAGGCUUCGGUGCCGUCGUCGCCACCGCCACCGCAACCGUCACCCAUCGGCAGACAGGAAGCGCACGAUCGCGGCGAACCGGUGGACCCGGCGAAUUCCGACCACGCCUCCGCUGUAGUCCUGAAAGCCACCACUCCCAGUCCGGACAACGCUUCCGUUUCCUUUGCCGUCAUACACGACCCAUUGGAAAAUCGGACGGACCACCGGGCGCCGGAAACGAAAAAUCGGACCGGCAGUGACGACGAUACGAUGGUAUUGACCGCCAACGGAUCACUGAACGCCACCGACACGGUGGACGACGGUCAUCCUUCGGGGUCCAGAAGCAGAUCGCUGCCCAUAGUCGUCCGGGGAAAGCUGAUCCGACCGACCCCAUAUCCGGCCAACCAACAGACUAUCGACGACGACGACGACGAUGAUGAUAGAAACAACAGAGCGAACAUAAUAGUCGACACCGGGGUGUACCACGUGGACAAUGGACCUUAUCCAAGACAAAUUGAUUACAAUCAUUACACAACGACUGACACGGACACGUCGGUGGCCCAGGAGGACGGGUCGACCAGCUACCACAACUCUUACGACGUGACUUACACCGUGGCCGAAAACCCAAACGACGGAAGUGGUUGGAACCCGGUGAACCAACCGAUAUCGAUUCACGGGACGGGGUCACCUCACCCGAAUGGAAACGCAGUCGUGUACCCGAUGGGCCGUCCACCGUACGGGUCGUCGGUCCCGUAUCCGUACCCCGUGGGCACGGGCUACAACAAGCAGGCGCCGAUAGCGCACAUGCACUACGGACCGCCGCCGCUCGUCGGAUAUAACGGCGGUCACUAUCAGCACAACGGCCAGGUGGAACAGCACAAUGUACAUAGCCCACUGCAGCAGAUACAGAUGUUCACGGACAAAAUCGAUUGGCAUAAGAUCGGCAUUCUGGCGCUGUUCAAGAUCGGCUUGGUCAAGCUCAAGGUGUUCAGUUUCCUCAAAUUACUGUUCUUGUUGCUGUUCAAGCUCAAAUUGUUUCUGAUCGCAAUGUUCUUCAAGUUCCUGCUGAUCGCCAAACUGACGAAGCUGUUCAAGUUGAUCAUAAUACCACUGAUCAUACUCGCGCUGUUGCCACUCAUCGCCGGGUUCUUCUCCGCCCCGAUGCUCGUCGGCGGGCUGCUGUCCAUACCUGGCCGCAUACUCGAAUACCUGACGGAGCCGGUGUACGCACCCGUCGAGGCCACCGCGGCCACCGCAUACUCAGCCCCCGGUGGGUCCGCCGUGUUGCCGACUGUUGCGUCCGCGAAAAUAGGUGGCAGCCCGGCUCCAUCGAAACCCGGUGGUGGUGAGCUGAACGCGCUGAACAGGCGUCGGCUAGAUACGCUGGAACUGUUCAAUCCUGCAAUGACCGUGCUCCGGAAACUAAUGGACUCGCAGAAGUGCGUAGAACGGAUAGCUUGUCGAAUGGCCGUGGCCGAGAAGAUUGAAAUCCUACCCGUCUGGAUUAACCGGGUGUUACAUCAGGUAUCGAAGUUCGUCCCUAGCAAAAAACUGCAAUCAUAUUUCAAAGCGUUCCAUGAAGUGAACAAUGAAAUCUACACUCAGAUGGAGACCCCGGAUAAUUGGGCAAAAUGGUGUACAGAACGUUACAACUGUAAUAUUACCCACGCUUCAUCUAAAGCAAUGAACUUGACAGAUAUUAAACAAUAAUCGAUUCAACAAUGUACUAUAUUUGCUAAUUAUAUCCAAUAGUUAAUGUAAUCGUAUUGUAAGUUGAAACUUUCUCGAGUAACGUUAAACGAUAAUGCGUAUUGUACAUUGGCAUUUCUACACGAAAUAUAUUUAUUCCUAUUAGACAUAAGUUGUAACUAAA